AUGUGCCAUACCAGCUGCUCUUCAGGCUGCCAGCCAUCCUGCUGUGUGUCCAGCCCCUGCCAGCCAUCCUGCUGUGUGUCCAGCCCCUGCCAGCCAUCCUGCUGUUCAGCUUGCUGCAGGCCUGCUAUAUGCAUUCCUGUGAGAUACCAGGUGGCUUGCUGUGUGCCUGUGAGCUGCAGGCCCACUGUGUGUGUGGCCCCCUCCUGCCAGUCCUCUGUGUGUGUGCCUGUGAGCUGCCGGACAGUCUGUGUGACUUCCUCCUGCCAGUCAUCUGGAUGCUGCCAGCCCUCCUGCCCCACCCUGGUCUGCAGGCCUGUGACCUGUAGCACCCCCUCCUGCUGCUGA